UUCCAUCAAACACAAUCUUUAGCUCAGAUUGAAAAAAUCCUCCUUCCCUUGAAAACACUACUAACAAUUAUUAUUAUGCAGGGUCAAGUCUAAUCGCAUCACAUGUCCGUUUCUCUGCUUUAAAAGCAGAAGAUACCCAAAAAAAGUCUUCAUUUCAUCAUCACAAUCACAAUCACAAUUUGCUUACAUUUCAUUUUGCAUUUGCUUGCUUGUUACAGUAGUAGUAAUAAAUAAAAUAUAAAAUACCACUAAAAUUCAAACAAAAAACUUCAUUUGAAGAGUUUCCAUUCAUGCAUUCAUAGAUUCCAUGGCUUUGAUGAAAGAUGGUAUAGAAAUUGUUGAAUGUGAUGUUAAAGUUAUUCCAGCUACAGUUACAGAGAAAAAGAAACGAGGAAGAAAGAGUAAUGCGGAGAAGAAAGAAGCUUUAAGGAAAAUGUUAGAGAAAGAUGAUGAUGGUAAUGGAGAUGACGUGGCAGUGGCAAUGGCACCUUCUUCUGGAAAGAAACGCGGUAGAAAGAAAAAAACAGACAAGAAAGCUGAAACAGGUGAAUGUAGUUUUUCUUCUGUUGUUGUUGUUGUCGGAAAGGGAAAGAGUAAUGUGGUAGAAAAGGAAGUGAAGAAGAAGAAGAAGAAGGAUAAUCAUGGUAGAAAAAGAAAGAUUAUUUUGGAUGAAAAUGAUGUAGGGAAAGAGAAGAAGAAAGAUAAUCGUGGUAGAAAAAGAAAAAUUAUUGUUGAUGAUGUUGUGAAAAAGAAGGAUAAUCGUGGUAGGAAAAGAAAGAUUAUUGUUGAUGAUGUUGUGAAAAAGAAGGAAAAUCGUGGUAGGAAAAGAAAGAUUAUUAUUUCUAGUUCUGAAGAUGAUGAACAAGAGGAGGAAGAAGAUGGUGAUUUUGUUAAGAAAGAAAAGAAGGAACUUUAUGGAAGAAAGAGAAAAAUGGGUAAUAAUAGUAAAGGAAGUUAUGCUUUAAGGAGUACUGAUGGAAAAAUGAAACAUGAUUGUAUUUCUCAGGAGGAAACAAAGGUUAAUGAUGCCGCUGCUGCUGAUGAUGUUGUGCUAUCCAGGUAUAUGUUGGAAUAUCUUCUUCCAUAUUUAAGACAAAUAGAUCUACAACAGAUGGCUGAGAAGGAUAUAGAAGCUAAGAUAUUAGGGCUCUCACUCUCCGAGAUAAACAUUAAAGCAGCGGAUUGCUCUAAAGACGAGACCGCUUAUUGUGAUAACUGCCAAACUUCAAUAUUUGACUACCACCGAAGCUGUACAAAAUGCUCGUUUGACCUUUGUCUCGACUGUUCUUGGGAGCUUCGUCGUGGGAAGCUUCUAGGUGGUGCAGAUCCAAUUGAGUUUGAGUUUAUCAACCGAGGGCGAGAUUAUCUGCAUGGUGGAAAUGAAGAGAGAAUAAUCAGAGAAAAUGAAUCUCAUCCUGCCGUCCCACCUCAUGUAUGGUCACAAUCUGGGUGGCAUGCAAACAGCGAUGGCAGCAUUGCCUGUCCGAAAGCCAAUAAUGAAUGUGAUCAUGGUUUCCUUGAGUUGAAAAGCAUGCUUCCGCCAAAUUGCGUCUCUGAGUUAGUAUGUAAAGCAAAUCAACUUAAAGAAACAAUUAAGCUUAAAUAUGCAGAGGAGACUCUUGACAAUAGCUGCUCUUGUUUGAAGGUUGUUAGAAACAAUGCAGAUGAUAUACCCGAUAACACAAGGAAGGCAGCUUUUCGUGAACAUUCCGAUGACAAUUUUUUAUACUGUCCUAGAGCUAUAGAUCUACAUAGUCAUGAGAAGGAUUUAAGACAUUUUCAAUGCCACUGGAGAAAAAGGGAGCCUGUAAUUGUCAGCAAUGUUCUUGAAUCAUGUACAUCCGGUUUAAGCUGGGAUCCGCUUGUCAUGUGGCGUGCAUUUCACCAGAUAAGUGAUACCGAUCACAAGUCAUUUUCGGAUGUGAAGGCUAUUGAUUGCUUAGAUUGGUGUCAGAGAAAUUUUAAUGUGCACCAUUUCUUUACUGGAUACACAAAUGGUCGUAAGGAUCAGCUUGAUUGGCCUCAGGUAUUGAAAUUGGAUGAUUGGCCUCCUAAUUUAUCUGAGGAACGAUUGCCUCAUCAUUGUGCUGAGUUCAUAUCUUCCUUGCCGUAUAAAGAAUAUACAGAUCCUUUCAAAGGCACUCUUAACCUUGCUUUGAAGCUGCCUGAUAAUGUUCACAUGAAACCAAAAACAUAUAUUGCUUAUGGAUUUGCUCAAGAGCUUGGACGGGGUGAUUCUGUGACUAAGCUCCAUUGUGAUAUGUCUGAUGUUGUAAAUGUGUUGACUCAUAUUGCUAAAGUGGAACUGGAAACUGCGAGCAUUACUGCAAUAAAGAAAUUGAAACAAAAGCACCUUGAGCAAGACAAGAGAGAGCUACACGGUGAUAAUCAUGACGGAGAUACCAAUGUUGACAUGCUUGAUGACCCGUCUUCUUCCAUAACUGAUUCAGACGAGCUAAAUAGUUUAGAUGGUGCUCUCUGGGAUAUUUUUCGGAGAGAGGAUGUACCUAAAUUGAAUGAAUAUCUGAACAAGCAUUUCAGAGAGUUCAGGCAUGUUCAUUGCUCUCCUUUAAAGCAGGUAAUCCACCCCAUCCAUGAUCAGACCUUUUAUCUCACUAUCGAGCAUAAGAAGAGGCUUAAGGAGGAGUAUGGAAUUGAGCCUUGGACUUUUGUUCAGAAGCUAGGAGAUGCUGUAUUCAUUCCCGCUGGCUGCCCCCACCAAGUCAGGAAUUUGAAGUCAUGCACCAAGGUUGCACUUGAUUUUGUCUCUCCUGAAAAUGUUGGUGAGUGUGUCCGUUUGACAGAGGAAAUCCGCAAACUUCCGAUAAAUCACAGUUUCGCAGAGGACACAUUGGAGGUGAAGAAAAUGAUUAUACAUGCUAUGCUUGAUGUGGUCAAAAAGUUGGACAAAGAAAGGUUAGUUGUUUUUCAAUACAAGUGGGAGUUUAAAGUGAGCAACGCUACUGCAGAGGGAAAAAGUGUGCUGCAUUUUCCAAAAUUUAUCAGCACUGGAUGUUCGCUUCGUCAGGGUCAACCAAUUCAUGUAGUUUGUGAUAACACUAAAGAAACAACCUGCUGUGAUGUUAUGAAGAAUGACAGAAAACCACCUCAAUACCAUAUAGGUGGUGGAUGGUAUGAGUUUGUUAGAAAGCUGAAACUGAAAGAUGGCGAUAAGAUUGUGUUUACUCUUGACAAUCCUCCACGAUUCUUGAAUGUCAGGGCAGUGAGACAUACCGGAAGUUGAAGAAACUACUUUGAUCAUGAACAAUUUGGUUUUAUUGCAGUGUUUUUAUUUGCUAUUGGUAUGUACUCUUAACAAUUUAGUCUGUUUUAGUAGUUUGACAAACAUCUUGGUUUCUUGAACAAUUAGUUGUUAGGAGUUUGUUUAUUUUGAUUGUGCCUGCUUUUGUCACUGGUUUAGCAUUCCACACAAACAUUGAAUGUAUUGUUGUUUCCUGUAAUUCCGGUUAAUUUAAUUCAUCUUACGUUUUGAGGGUUGCCUACCACGUACCAGAA